AUGCCACCACGCUUCCAGACUAAUCCUGCUCCUUUGACCGAGAGCGCAAAGGAGGCAAGAAAAUCAUUCUUCUGCGAGCUAUGUCAGAAAGGUUACAGUCGAAUGAAUGAAUUUGAAGCUCAUGAAUCAUCCUAUGACCACCAGCACAAACGACGACUGAAAGAAAUGAAGCAGAUGCAGAAGGACCCCAACGCGCUCGACCGAGCGCGACGAGCGGAACGGAAAGCGGACGAGAAAUCGGGACUGAUCUCCAUUAAGCCGAUGGCGGAAGGCACAGGCGGAAGCCGAGGAGGGUUCAAAAAAGGGGGAUUCAAAAGCGCGUUUGGCUCCGCGGAUCCCACACCAGCGGAAUCAAAGCCUUCGGGCGGGUUCAAGAAAGUCUUUCCUGAAGACGAACCGAAAUCGAAGCCGGACGAAGACGAAUAUGAUUCGGAUGAUGUGGGCUACGAAUAUUAUGACCCCGCGAGGCCGACGGGCUGUGAUGAGCAUUGUGCGGCGUGA